AGUAAAAGAAAAUUUAUGAAAAUUAAAUCUACGUUUAAAAUUCGUAAAUAAGAGUGCACAUGCGCAAACAUUUCGAUGAAAGACGUUACUCUAGACAUUAGUCUUGCACGGAAAGUGAAUUUAGUUACACCCGUGCCACAGUCAAAUAAACAUGGCGUCAUAGAGAUCAUUGAGUUGUGUUUAGUGAUUAAAUGUUUGAGAUUUGUGUAAUACAACAAUUUUCUAGUUUUCAUCUCAUCUUAUGAUCGCAUCGACAUAUUCCUAAGAAUGUUAUCCAACUACAACUAAGAUUUCAUUGAAAAUUCUACAUCAAAGACAAAAAAUAAAAUUUCCACUUUUAUAAAUUUAUUAUACAAGAGAAUGAUCCUGUUUGCAACUACCAAGUACACAAUACUAAAAACCAAUUUCGUGGUGGCGACCUUUUCGUCCUGUCAUAUGAUGUUUUCGUUCAAUUAAACCGAAUGAAAGUGUGUCAACUUUGCGAAGAAAAAUAUGCAAUGUGUUGAUUCUUCUAAGCAUCGAAGGAAGGAUGUCUAUCAACCGACUGAAGACAGAUACCAUUAUAGAAAUGUCGAAGAAAAAUAGGAAACGGAAAUUAGAAGGAGAUGAUCAGUCAAUGGUCGACUGGGAACAAGAGAAUAUUUUUCCAGAGGAAAUAAAAAAUGAAAUGGAAACUAUGUGGGAGAUUCCACAAAUAUUUCAUUUCCUUCAUUUGGCAAAAGAAGCUUUAAACAUACCCCAUUUGUCUAUGUAUGAAAUGGAACGAAUGCUUCUGAUACCAAGAGCUUCUAAACAAUUGGCAAAUAUAAUGACAUCCUUGUUAAGUUCUCCCAUAACAAAAGCAAAAUUGAGAAAAAUACCACCAAUGCCGUACGAAUUUUGGACAAAUAUCCUUGCUUAUAAAAUGAAAAGUUGGUUCAAAAUUUACGAAGCUAAACACCAAAACGCAGUAAAAGUUUUAGAAACUAUCGGCGUAGAACCGGAAUUUUGGAAUGUUUUUCCUGAUGCUCCUCUAUUGAAUGGAAAAGAUUUUGAAGAACUGACUUUUAAACAAAAAGUUUGGCUUUUGAAAACAGUCUGUGAUACAGUUAUGCACACUAGAAAAACUGUGCAAGAGGAAAUAGCCAAGCAACCAUGGGAAAACCAAUUUGAAACUGUUCUAGGCACUGAUCGUUAUGGAGCAAGAUACAUUUAUUUUCCUCAGUUUCUUAAAAGUGAUUUGAGAAUUUAUAGACAUUGUCUUGAUAAUAAAAUUCUAUCCACAGUAAAGCCAAUCAAACCUAAAUUAAAAACAGAAUUAGAAAACAAAACAUUAAAUGAAAAUGAUUCUGUGAAAAAGAAAACUAAAUAUAGAAGAAGAAAAUCUCGAUGGAGUAAUGGAUUACCUCCAAAAUCAAAGAAAAAAAUAAGUAAAUGUGAUGACAAAGUUGUAAAUGAUUGCAAGUGCACUAGUGACAGUGCAAUAGGCUCUUUGAUAAAUGAGGAUACGAAUUUUAGUAGUACAAGCACUUGUAGUAAUAAUAAUAAUAAUAGCAAUACUAAUAAUAAUAAUAAUGAUAAUAAUAGUAAUAAUAAUAAUAAUAUCAACUUAGAUAUUAUCAAUGUCGAAAGAUUGAGAAGUUCGUCGAAGUGUUCGAAAGAUGCAUCCCAAAAAACAUGCUGUAAAAGCACAAAAUCAAGUGGUUACGAUACAAGCAAUUCUAAUCACGUCAUUUCUGGUAAGAGAUUAUCUCAAAAAAUGUUUAAAGGAUUUUCUGACAGUAGUAAUAAUGUUAAAUGUGAUAUAGAAAUAAUCAACGGAAUUUUGUCCAAUCUAAAAUCGGAAACUAACGAAGAAAAAGUAACAGAUGAUAAUGAUAUAUCUUUAACCCAUGCUUCGAAAAACAAAUUAAAAUUAAAUCCGACAAGACAACAAUAUUUAGAUUCAAUGGAUCUACAAAUAAAUAAAGAUAAUCCUGUAGAUAGAACAAUUGAUAAUUUAUCUACCACUUCAAAAACAGAUGAUGAAAAACUAAAUGAAAUUAUCAGUGCAGAAAAUUUAAAAUUAAACGAUAAAAGUUCAAAUGAUAUUCAUAAUGUAAGAAAAACGCAUCAAAUAUCGAUUGUAUCAAAAUCUGAUGAUGAAAAAUUAAAUGAAUCAAGAACUCAUACUUAUAACCAAGGAGAUAAUGUUAACUUUUCUGAAAAAAAAACAGGAAGCAGAGUUCUUAGACAAAAUGGAAAAUUUAAAGAACAGAAAUCAGAUAAUGAAUCAGAUCAAACAAGUAAAACAAAUGAAAUAGAAUCAUUUGAUGAUAAGGAUCUUUCUUUGAGCGAAUUAAGAAGCAUGCUACAGAAGGAAGCAAUGGAAGAUGAUUUUUCUUUCGAUGAGAGUAGCGAGAAUGGCAAAUAUAAUCUUAGAAAAUUGAAUAAUAAGAAAACAAAUGAUUCGAAACAGGAAACAGAUGAUUUUAAUGUGAUGCUCUUGGAACUUAGUACUUCGAAAUUUCAACUUGUAGCUGAUAGUCUUAAUUCAUUGAGAGAUCUUAUUUCUUCUUUUUCACAAAAAAGUAAUAAUCCAAGUACUGAUACAGAUACUGAUGCUGAACUUAUGCCUCCCUGUGAAGUAAAAUUAGUUAAAAAAAUGACAGAAUUAUUAACGUCUUUGGAAGAAAUAGAACCAGCUUUACGAGAUUCAAUGAAAAGAGCAAGAGGAAAACUUCAAAAAGAAUGGACUAAUUUUAAAGAAGGCAGUGCGGAGGAUCAGGACUCAUCUGGGGAGGGUCUCGGCUCUAAUUGGUGGGUUCUUGGAUCGCAGGGCUAUCAAUUGCCAACUUCAGGAGACGCAACGUUACAAACGUUACCGCAACUUACCGUAUCCUCAGCUGGCUCCCAAAACAUCUCCAAUAAAAACGACGAAGAAAUCAUUAAAUGCACAGAACACAGUAAGAAUGUCGAACAAGAAUGUAAAGAACCCCAAGAUGAGAAUUCACAAAACGAAAUACAAAGAGAACAAUCUGAAAGAGACGAAAGUAACACAGCUCAAGAAAACACAGGAACUGAAGGAGAGACAAAAGAAGAUUCAAGUGAAGAAGAACAUCAAACACGAAGAGUCUUACGAGCCCGAGGCGUUUCCUCAUACACAGAACAAUUUUAUUCAGACGACGAUAUGGAGGAGAACGAGCUGGAGGAAUGGACCGACUUUGAGGCCGUGUACGCGGCUCCCAGCACACAGACCAGUGCAUCCACUCCACACUUUGGUCCGAAAGUCAGAUAUGCUGACGAUAGGACAAACGAGGAGGAGGACUCAGACCAAGAUUGGAUUCUACCAAGCUCUCGCAAAAGGAAAAAUAAACGUCCGUCUGCCAAUCGAAGAUUAAAAUCCUUUCAACAUAAACUACAAAAUAUCAAAGUUGAUGCUCUUCAAGAUGCAGCAGAAUCAAAAAUAACUUCCUCUUCUAAUAAUAAAAUUAAUAAUGAAAAAGAACGUCCUAAAAUCAAAGAAAUCCAAAUAUGUAAACCAAAGAAAUCUAUCAAUUCAGAGCCUUCUAACAAGAAUAUAGAAGAGAAACAAAAGGCUAUGAUAGAAAAUAAUCCUAAAGAAAUAGUGCCUUCCACAGAAAUAAAUUGCAAAAUAGAAAAUGUUGUAAGCGUACAUUCGGAGCUGGACAUUAAAGACGAAGGUCCGAUCUAUGAUUCUGUACCAAAUCAAAUCGAUAAUAAUUAUGCUACAAAUUUUAAUUCUAAUUAUGUGAUGCUUAAAGCUGAUCAUAAUCCAAUGAAUUAUUAUGUAAUGCAACCAAAUUCCACAACUGUUGUUUCACAAAAUGCAAUUGUACAAUCUGGACCAGUAGUCUCAAGUAUCAUACCACCAAUUCAACAUGGAUAUUACGUACAAGGGACACAAAAUUAUAUUAUUCAGAAUCCACAGUCGAAUUUCGUUCCUUCCCAACCAUUUCAACCUCAAGGACCGCAAAUGAUAACACCACAACAAUUUGUCGGUCACCCUGGUUAUGUACCUUAUAUGGUAUCUACAGCUCAACCUGGAUAUGCAACUACCGAUUCACAAAUUAUUUCUCAAGAAAUAUCUCAAAGUACUUCGUUUCCAGUUCAUCCUAAUCCUGCUCCAUUGACUAGACCUUCACAAAAUAGGUAUUCUAUACCGAGACAGAACUAUCCACAUCCUAAUGGAGCGGUUAUAAGAAGUAGUAUGCCCAUAAGAGGAAAUAUCUCACGAUCCAAUAACUCUAGGAUCACGAAAAACAUUCAACAACAACGUAAUACUGGUAUUAGAAUGCAAAAACCAAAAAAAUCACAGACAUCUUCAGAAAAUACUGGUCAAAAAACUACUUCUUUGAUCGUUCUUAGCGAUAGUGAUGAUGAAAUUGAGAUGAUUAUUACAGAAAAAACGAAUCCCGAGUCUGAUGGGGAAAAAACAAAAACAUCUAAAAGAAAUACAAUGCAGGCUAGGCAAAAACCAAUGGUUACAUCAGAUUUAACAAUUAAGCCAACAAAAGGUGCAAUUCCUCCGCAAAUAAUUCAACGUAUGAAUCAAGGAGGAAUUUCUAUAACACCAGUUAAACCUACACCACCGGUUCAAAAUACUAAUACACAAUUAGUGGUAGUUGUGAAUGAAACUGGAAGCCAUUAUGCCUUAGCACUACCGAAUGGAAGUAAAUUGAUUCUCACACCCGAACAAGUUGCGCAAAUUCGAGCAUCAAAUGGUGGAAAACUCAUCUUAUAAAAUUAUUUUAAUUUUAAAUGAAGAAUUUUUUCUUUUUUUAAUGAAUAGAAUAUAUUCAGAUAAUACAUUUUGAUCUCUGAUUUACUUAUAUUACUAUAAUAUACUUUUGACAUUGAUGUUCCUACAAUAUAUAACAGAGAUCUGUACAAUAUUUCUUGGAUUCUAUUGGACUCUAUUUGUACGUAAAUAUUAAAAACGAUAUAUUAAGUUAACUAAAACAUCUAUCUUUCAAAUAUCAAAUAUCUUUCAAAUAUAUUGUUUCAGUGAAUGAAUUUAUUCCUGAAACAUUUCACUUUAUGCUUAAAAAUUUACGCAUAAAUAAUUUUGUGAGCUUUAUCUAUUUAAAAAAAGAAAAUUUAUAACACAUAUUAUACUUGCACGUUUGAAUAUAAUUAAUAUAUUUUAAUAAUGUUUUGAAUAUUUCUCUUUCAUUUAUAAUGUUAGAAAAAUACUUGAAACCUGUGAUGUCUAUAUCUUUUUGUAUAUUUUUGUUACACCAUGUUGAAGCAAUAUUUGUAUUAAAUUAUACGAAUUUAUUGGAUAUU